AUGUCGCCCUUUAACGUCACAGCUGCAGACACAGCUGAUAUAAUACGAACAGAGGAGUGUCCUACAAUAGGUUUGCGUCACGGCCUCGAGACUCCCCUCCCGUCCCCUUCCCCGCCGCGGGACUCUCACCCAGUGCUGGAUGUCCCAAAGGGGCAGGUGACGCGCGCUCAGGAGGCGGAGGAGAACUACCUGGUCAAACGGGAGCUGGCCACAGUCAAACAGCAGAAUGAAGAGGCCGCGGUGCAGCUGGAGCAGGCCCGCAAAACCAUCAGCCAACUGCAGGGACAACAGCCACACGCGAAGGGGGUCCCCCGGUAUUCGGAGGAGGCCGUGCUGCAGUUGGAGAGAGAGUUGGUCCAGGCUCGACUGAAGGAGGCGGAGUCUCAAUGUGCGCUCAAAGAAAUGCAGGACAAGAUCCUCGACAUGGAGAAGAGGAACACAUCCUUGCCUGAUGACACUAACGUGGCCCGGCUCCAGGAGGAGCUCAUCGGAGUGAAGAUCCGAGAGGCAGAGGCUCUGACCGGGCUGAAGGAGCUGAGGCAGCAGGUGCAUGACCUGGAGGACCACUGGCAGCGUCACUUGGCCCGAACGGCCGGGCGGUGGAAGGACACUCCAAAGAAGAGCACAGUGGCAGAACUGCAGGACGAGCUGAUGAGUGUGAGGCUGAGGGAGGCAGAGGCUCAGGCAGAGCUCAGAGAGACCAGGCAGAGGAUGCUCGAGCUGGAGACACAGAAUCAGAUCCACAGUAACCAGCUGAGGAGAGCGGAGCAGGAGAGUCGCUGUUUGAAUGACAGAGUACAGGCCCUGACCACUCAAAACAAAGACCUGCUUUCACAACUGCAGGAGAUAAAGCGCAGACAGGCUGAGAUCGAAUGCAAGAGUAAGGAGGAGGUGAUGGCCGUGCGGCUCCGAGAGGCAGACAACAUCGCUGCUAUGGCAGAGCUCCAGCAGCAGAUCUCAGAGCUCGAGAUACAGAAAGAGGAGGGGAAGGUGCAGGGCCAGCUGAACCACACAGACUCCAGUCAGUACAUCAGGGAUCUGCAAGACCAGAUCGUGGAGCUCAGACAAGAGAUCUGCUGUCUCAAAGGCCAAAGGGGCAUGUCCAAUCAAUCCACAUUUGACCGCAUCCACCUGGUCAACCACUUCGGGGGCGGGAACCUCGAGUCUUACCACUCUUCGGACGACGACAGAUCCCGGGACCCCAGCAUCCAAGAAGCCCCGAGUCCGGAUCAGAGGGCCGUGUCCGGCUCCACCCGAAUCCGCCUUAGACCCAACAUCCCGGACACGGACAGCGAUGAGGAGGACGAGGACGGUGACGAACUGAGGCUCACCGUUCCUCCGACAGCCAAUCAUAAGUCCACUACGUGCCCCAAAGCCUUCAAACUAAAGUCUUCCCGUCUUUACUGCAGCCACUCACCUGUAACCGUAGCCGUGCACCUGUAUACGUCACUGCGCACUGACACCUGUCUCCGCAACACCUGGCAGACGGCAGACGGCCACUGCGCAUGCUCAGUUGUCAGUUACGCACGCACAGACGCAAAAAUGCCUCGGUCGUUUUUGGUGAAGAGUAAAAAGGCGCACAGCUACCACCAGCCCCGGAGUUUGGAGGAUGACUACAGCAGACUGGAUACAAUACUGGCGCAGAUCUGCUCAGACGCGGACAGAGCGUCUGAGGAUCUGGACGUGUCCCUGGAUCUCUCCGUGGAUCGCUGCGGCCUGUCUCCGGACUCCCAGAUCCUGGAUGCGGUUCAGUUUUCUCCCAAGUCUUCCCUGAGCUGCGCGGACAGCGGGUGCGAGCGCUCCCCGGACUAUGAGGACUACUGGAGGCCGCCCUCUCCAUCCGCUUCACCAGCCUCAGAGAAGUCCCUGUCUCCUCUGGUGGACGACAGCCAGCACUUUACCGUCCCGUUCCGGCCUUACGCAUGGGACAGUCCCCAGGGUGCGCGGCCGCUCCUCCAGCCCCAGAACUUCACCCCACACCGGGUCGAGCUGGACCGAAGCCCCGGAUCUACUGUGGCCUUUUACGGUGACCGAAGCCCCGUCAUGUAUCCAGAAGACUGCAGUUACGGCGAUUAUCGAAGACACGCCUCAUCGCUGCUCUAUCCAGACAUCAAAAACCACGAGCCCAAGGCCCAGACGGAUCUGCUCUCCUCCAGUCUCAUCCUGAACGGGGCCUACAAGUGCGUCAAGUGCACCAAGGUCUUCUCCACGCCACACGGUUUGGAGGUGCACGUACGCAGAUCCCACAGCGGAACCAGGCCUUUUGCGUGUGAAAUCUGCGGCAAAACUUUCGGACAUGCGGUCAGUCUGGAGCAACACAAAGCCGUGCACUCACAGGAGAGGAGCUUCGACUGUAAAAUCUGCGGGAAGAGUUUCAAACGCUCGUCCACUCUGUCCACGCACCUGCUGAUCCACUCGGACACGCGGCCGUACCCGUGCCAGUACUGCGGCAAAAGGUUCCACCAGAAGUCCGACAUGAAGAAGCACACGUUUAUCCACACAGGUGAGAAGCCGCACAAAUGUCAGGUUUGCGGUAAAGCGUUCAGCCAGAGCUCCAACUUGAUUACGCACAGCCGGAAGCACACGGGCUACAAGCCGUUUGGAUGCGACCUCUGCGGGAAGGGCUUCCAGAGGAAAGUGGACCUGCGGCGGCACAAGGAGACGCAACACGGACUCAAAUGAAUCGCUGUUUGGCCUUUUGUCCUACAGGCCUGGCGAGGACUUGGCACAAAUGAAUGACUUUAUCCGUUAAAUUAUGAUAAAUUAUAUAAUAUGUCUUUAAUAUUUGUAUUUAUUUCUAAAUCUUGGAUUCAUGCAACACUAGUAAAACGCCACAAAUUGUCCAAAAUGGUUGCGGUGGCGUUUAAUGAAGAUAAAGCUCUGCUUUGGGAAAUAUAUCACAUAGACUAUUGUCGCUAAGGGCGUAUUUGGUUACGCGCACUAAAGACGUGCGUCUUAUCCAAGCUUUCAUUUUGCACAUGCCAGAGUGAACUUCUUGUCUUGUUUACAAAAU